CUCCUUGUGAAAAAUAAUCUCUUCCAACUAAACAUUAAUCUUCCUUAUAGUUUUUCUUCUCAAGAAGAGAAAUAUUUCUGUUUCUUAGGGAUCAUGACUAUGGCAAUUCUGAAAGGAUUGAUGCAAGGAUACUUGAGUGCAUUGCUUGAUGAGGGUGUAGUGAAUGAUCGGUUUAAUGCGAUUGUAUGUUUGAAUAACACCGUGGAACGAAGAGAGCGUGUUGUGCAGCAGAUAGAAACAUAUUUUGCUGAUGUUGACAUGAUACUUACUGAGAUUUCACUUGAUGUUGAUAAUUCGGCAUUUGACUUCUCUAGGUUGGCUUCUCUAGCUCGUCAAAUUGAGGAGAAAAGUGAUAGCAUUGGUGCUGAGCAUAUGAGGCUUGCAUGUCCUGAAUUCAUUAAAGCUUGUGAUGAGAUGAACAAAAGAAUGCUUUCUCGAACAUUGCUCUGGGUAAAACAUGAGUUUGCCAAUACCAAGAGAAAGUUGGAGGCCUUUGUUCAGAUGGAACGAAGGAUUAUCAGACUUGAGAGAUCGAACUCUUCAAACUAGAGUUUAUCUGUGCUGUUGAAUUUUCCAUCGGUUGAAUAAUAAGAAUCAUGCUUUGGAACAAUGUGUUGGUUUGAACUUUAGUAUAUUGUUGCUAAACCAUGUACCUUGUUCGGUUACAAAAAUGAUGUUGAACCAUGUCUCUUGUUCGCGUACAAAAAUCAUGUUUUCCUCCAAGUUAUGAAUUCUCUUCCAUACUUCUUGA